GGGGCCUGCUGUGUUUUCAACGGAGGGAGAGCUGAAGAAAAAUGGCGUCUGCAGGCGACCCAGAGCGGGACACCGGCCAUUCAGCUUGAGCUUUCCGCCCUGAAAUUGAGACCGGGGCUUGGUGGAGACUUCUCGGGAACCGUCACCAGACCCGUUGGUUUCUUUCCCCCCGCUUUUCUCCGGUGUGUGUGGCUUAUUCAAGCACCGAGAUUGAAGCGGAACAGCAGAGACUCUCUCCCACAAUGAGGGGGAGAAGAGGAAGGCCGCCCAAACAAGCAGCCGAGAUGCGGGAGGGUUCACCCGGGCCAGUCCGCGGCUCUCGGGGCAGCAGGAGUAGAGGGAUGCGUGGACGGGGGAGAGGCAGGGGACGCGGCCGGGCACGGGGAGGAAGUGGCGGCAUUUGCGGCACCAGCUCUGCGGAGGUGGAUACAGAUAUCUCCGGCCGAGAGAACUUUCAUUCGUCCCGGGGCCGCAGGAAAGUUGGAGCCUCCAGCACGGCGGCGGCCGCGGCAUCGCGGGGCAGAGGAGGCAGAGGGAGAGGCAGGGGGUCGAGAGGCGGCCGCGGCGGCAGAGGCGGAGUGAGGCGGCCUCAAACCAAGGUGGUCUACGACGACAACAGCGACGAGGAGGAUGAUAAUUUAAGCUACAGAUCAGACGAUGAUGAACUCCUGAACGACAACCCUUCGUCGGAUCUUGAAGAAGAGGAGGCCUUGGGAAACGACUCUGACUAUUUGGAGGAACUACCAGAUGAUGAUGAUGCCAGCUACUGUACCGAGAGUAGUUUUAGGAGCCACAGCACGCUCGGUAGCACCCCAGGCCGGAGAAGGAGUCGGGCGUUGCGGCCGCAGUCUCCCAUCCUUGAGGCAAAGGACAUUCCUGCCCUGGAGCUUCCCAAGUCCUCUGAGGACCUCCAGGUUCCUACCUCACAGCUCCUCAAUGUGUCUGCAGUCUAUGAGGUCCUCCGCAACUUUGGCACGGUGCUGCGGCUUUCGCCAUUCCGCUUUGAGGAUUUCUGUGCAGCGGUGGUCAGCCUGGAGCAGUGCACGCUGCUGGCAGAGACCCACAUCUCCCUGCUAAAAGCUAUUCUCAGAGAGGAGGACACUUCCAACACCACUUUUGGUCCCACUGACGUGAAGGACUCCGUCAACUCCACUCUGUAUUUUGUUGAUGGUAUGACCUGGCCGGAGGUGGUGCGGGCGUACUGUGAGAGUGACCCGGAGUACCGGCACAUUCUGCCUUUCCAGGAGUGUGAGGAUUUCCCAUAUGAACCAUUGGAGAGCAAAAUCAAAGUUCUCCAGUUUUUGGUGGACCAGUUCUUGGCAACCAACAUUGCCCGGGAGGAGCUUAUGUCGGAGGGUGUUGUUGCUUACGAUGACCAUUGCAGAGUAUGCCAUCGCCUUGGUGACCUGCUGUGCUGUGAGACAUGCUCAGCUGUUUACCAUCUGGAGUGUGUGAAGCCGCCUUUGCAGGAAGUGCCGGAGGACGAGUGGCAGUGCGAGGUGUGUGUGGCGCAUAAGGUACCCGGUGUGGCAGACUGCAUCCCGGAAGUGCAGAAGAGCAAACCAUUCAUUCGACAACUGCCAGUCGGUUAUGACCGACACAACCGCAAAUACUGGUUCCUUAACCGCCGCAUUGUCGUUGAGGAGGAUGGUGAGCAGGAGGACAAAGCCAUCUGGUACUACAGCACCAAGGUCCAGCUAGCUGAGCUCAUAGAUUGUUUGGAUAAGGAGUACUGGGAGGCCGACUUGUAUGCAGCGCUUGAGGAGAUAAGGGACGAGGUGCACGCGCAUAUGGACAUCACUGAGGACCUAACCAAUAAGGCCCGAGGCAGCAACAAGUGUUUCCUCACUGCCGCCAAUGAAGAGAUCCUGGAGCGAUUGCGGGCCAAGAAGGAGGAGGAGCUGGAGGAAGUGAAGAGACGGGCUGCUGAGGAGGCCCAGAAAGCGCGGCUGGAGAAGGAGAAGAAGGAGGUGGAUGUGGAGAAGGACGAUGAAGAGGCCAAGCUGAGGGACGAGGGGCAACAGGAGGGCAAGGUCAAAGAUCUGGCAGAAGAGGAGGUGCUAAAAGAGGAGGUCAUGGAAGAGAAAAAGGACGUUGGAGUUGUUGAAGCUCCACCCACUGGCCAAGAACACAGUAGUGGCAGUAGCACCUCAGACGGACCUAUUCUUCCAGCUCUAGCUGCUCCAACACAAACCAUCCCCACCACCGUGAGCUAUAGCGUGGCCUCGGAGGCCCCAAAGCCCCCGGCCUCCACCCUAAAGGCCCUGAUAGAGGGAGGUUCCCAUAUGGACGUCUCGAACAACACCAAAGCAGAAAACCCAUCAUCAGAUUCUGUCCCUGUCAGCGGAGAUGGCGUCCCCAGCCUGAGCCAGUCAACCCAGGCCAGCGAGGAGAACAGUAACAGCAGCAUGGGAGCUGGGGUCCCUCCAAGAGGUCCUGAACCUCCAGACCUGGCUGACAAGUCCUCCCAGUCGUCCCUGGCCAGCUUUGAUGACACAGGGGAAAGUAAAGACGGUGAAAUGGGUCUUGGCAGUAAGAAAUCUGCAGCCACUCGCAUGGUGACCCGGCUGAGGAACCCUGAGAGCAAACUUAGCCAAAUGAAGAACCAACAGGUGGCUGCUGCUGUUCACGAAGCCAACAAGGGCUUCAGGGAGGGCAAAGAGGUACUAGUAGUAAAUGCACAGGGUGACAUCACUCGUGUCAGCACGCGAGGCAAAGAUGUGGUGAUGAAGGGGACACUGAACCAAUACUUCAAGCUCGGCCAGGAAGGAAAAUACCGCGUUUAUCAUAACCAGUUCAGUUCCAAUACUGUGGCCCUCAACAAGCACCAGCACAGAGAGGACCAUGACAAGAGGCGGCAUCUCUCCCACAAGUUCUGCAUGACACCAGCAGGAGAGUUUAAGUGGAACGGUUCUAUUCAUGGCUCUAAGUUUCUGACCAUCUCCACACUGAGACUCACCAUCAUCCAGCUGGAGAACAAUGUCCCAGCGCCGUUCAUGCACCCGAACUGGGCCUCACACAGGACCAACUGGAUCAAAGCGGUUCAGAUGUGCAGUAAAGCCAGAGAGUUUGCUCUGGCUUUGGCCAUCCUGGAGUGUGCCAUCAAACCUGUGGCUAUGCUGCCAGUCUGGAAGGACUCACUGGGCCAUACCAGGUUAAACCGCAUGACAUCUAUGGAGCGUGAGGAGAAGGAGAAAGUGAAGAAGAGGGAGAAGAAGCUGGAGGACGAGGAGACGAUGCAGCAGGCCACCUGGGUCAAGUACACCUUUCCAAUUAAACACCAGGUGUGGAAGCAGAAAGGAGAGGAGUAUCGCGUUACGGGCUAUGGGGGCUGGAGUUGGAUCAGUAGGACUUAUGUGCAGCGGUUUGUCCCCAGGCUUCCCGGCAACACCAACGCCAACUACCGCAAAGAACUGGAAGAUGCUAAACUUGGAAAGAAAUGUACCCUGUUGGACUUGAGUCGACGUCCAAGUGUAGCUGCACCAGAAGGUCAGGGAGCUGCUGUCCUAAGCAGUGAGGCAAAACAUCAAGACUCCUCCGGCCUCUCCAAGCCUGCAGAGGAUCACCAGAGGUCUGUUGAAGAUUUGGAUUCCAAUGAGAGGAUGGAAGAGGAAAAGAAAGAAGGGGUGGAGGAAAAGGAGAAGUCUGAGGAGUUAUCAGCAGGUGAAUCACCUACGAAGAUGGAGGUGGACGCCGCAGACUCACGAUCAGAUGAAGAGCAAAGGUCCAGUAUUCAGGAGGAAAAGCCCUCUGUGAAGGAGGAGCAGACAGACGGCCCUUCAAAACCCUUUAACUACGAUGUAGUGGAUGUCAGCAAGGGCUUCCUCACCCGCAUUGCCUACAAGAAGGUCAAGUCCUCUAAGCUGGACAGCCUGCUCGAGCGACGAGUUAAGCAGCACACUAUUGAAGAGAGGCAGAGGCAGCAGGUGUCUGCCUCCAACCCUCAGACUCCUGCACCAGUUUCAUCGAACCCCGCUGCUCUCAGCACUCCAGUGCGUCCACGAUCACCACUCAAACCCCAUACUCUCGCUCCGGCACAGCUUGCAUUGGGCAAAGCUGUGAAAGUGGAAGAGAAAUCUUCCACAACAGAAACUCCAGGUCCAGGAAAAGUUGGAGGGCGAGAGGUUGAAGGCGAGAGUCAGACUGAACUCUCUAAAACUCAAAAUGAGAUUGUCACUCCUCCUCUUCCUUCUUCUGUUCCGGACUCCACACCCAAAGACAAUUGCAGUACAGGUACACAAAACCAAACCACCUCCAUGCCCCAGGUGUUGGAGGCAGACUUGGUGGAAAGGACUACGGGGCCAAAAGAAAUUAAUACAGACAGUUCAGGGCAACAGGGCGUCACACUGCCUGGUGUACAUGAAACAACAGCAGGGGGAAUUAACAGCUCUUUAGAGCGAAAAACAGCCAGCGUACCAUCAGAUGUUACAAAGGCUGCACAUAUUGAAAAUGUAGGGUCUGAGGUGCCCAACUUGAAAACGGACUCUCUAAGGACCUCUACAAGUGUUUUUGACCAAAUAAGCAGUCAAAACACAUCUCCUUCUAAAGGUAUUCAGCAAAACCUGGAAACUUUAAGCUCAGCGCAUUUGGGUACAGAGGAAAAUGGCAUGGGGCCAGAGGAGAACCUAGGAAAUAUAAAAGGUAGAACCGAAGGCGAUAGCACUCCCGAGUCAGUUUCUCCUCUCCCUCAGGUAAAUGGUAAUGAUGGCUUGGAGAGUGAGGGCAUGUUGAGUAACUCUGUAAUGAGCUCAAAUAAUGGUUUGCACACCACCAGUCCGCAGGUGAACAGCAUUGGUAAGGUUGAAGAACAAGGGCUGGCUGUCUCUUUGAAGGACAGCACACAACAAAAGCCUUUAGUAAACGGAGAUUUGGCUCCUGUAAAUGAUUGUACAGAGGCUGGGGGCAAGGAACCAAGUCUAGCUUUUAAGGUAGAGGUAGAGACAAAGACAACGCUGUCAGACCAGGACUACAAACCUCCACUGAAGAUGACGAGGCUGGAGAACAACAUUGACGCACUUGGAGCUAAUAUUCAGAGCACGCUACAGCACAGAGGCACGUCACCGUUUCAGUCUGCGGAGACCAAACCCAGUCCUGCGAUCAAGAUCAUCAGGAUGGCGCCGUCUCCGAUACCUUCGGCGGAAGAGUCCAGUCUGAGCGACGACUUUGCAGAGGAGAAUAGCAACAGCGGGACAACCGAAGCACUCAAAACUAUCAUCACACAGGUAACUACAACCUCCACAACCAGCACGACAGUAGUUUCCACGGAGAUGAGGAUAUCCAACUUGCCGUUGACUGCAUCUGGAGUGGUUACGAAGCCCGCGACAUCGACAACAGAAAACAGUGCCGUGUCCACCCUUACUACCAUGACCAAAACAACUGUGACCAAAAUCUGUUCUGCUGGGCUCGACGGCCAGUCGGAGGACAGCCAGAGUGAAAUGAUGACACAAGAACAGAAGAUGGCGCUUUCAGCCUCUUUCAGUAAGUCAACGACUGACACCAGUGGUAGAACCUCGGUGUGUUCUGUCGCUGUGAGCCUGGAGGACUCAUUGUUAACGAAGGGCCGCGUUCGCCUUCUCAAGUUCUCGCGCACCAAGAAGACGCGCUCGGACACCGCCCUUCCUUCUUACCGCAAGUUUGUCACCAAGAGCAACCGCAAGAGUAUUUUUGUACUGCCACAUGAUGACUUGAAGGUGCUGGCAAGGCGAGGCGGAUUCCGCGAGGUUUCCAUUUUUACCUACAAUGCCAAACCAGCGCCGGACAUCUGGCCAUAUCCUUCACCCAGGCCCACGUUUGGCAUCACCUGGAGGUAUCGCCUGCAGACGGUGAAGUCUCUGGCUGGUGUUAGCCUGAUGUUGAGGCUCCUGUGGGCCUCUCUGAGAUGGGACGACAUGGCUGUCAAACCAUCCGCUGCUGUCGGCACCACACGUACAGAGACAUCCGAUACUGAAAUCACCACCACCGAGAUCAUCAAGCGCCGCGACGUUGGACCCUAUGGCAUUCGCUCAGAGUACUGCAUCCGCAAAAUCAUCUGCCCCCUUGGAGUGCCCGAAACUCCCAAAGAAACCCACACCCCUCAGAGGAAAGGGCUGCGCUCCAGUGCCUUGCGCCCAAAGAAGCCAGAGCCCGCUAAGCAGACGGGCCCAGUGGUGAUCGAGACCUGGGUGGCUGAGGAGGAGCUGGACCUCUGGGAGAUCAGAGCCUUCUCAGAGAGGGUGGAAAAAGAGAAAGCUCAGGCAGCAGAGCAGGCCAAGAAACGUCUGGAGCAGAAACCAGGCUCAGUCAACGCCGCCCCAACAGGAACUCCCACAACACCCGUCACCACUCCCAAAGUCAUUGUGGGCUCACUCUCAGGCCAGGGCACCCCCAGCACCAAGGUGGUGCUGUCCACUAAGAUGGGCACCCCCGUCACAUUCCAGCAGAACAAAAACUUCCAGCAGUCGUUUGCCACCUGGGUCAAGCAGGGUCAAAGCACACAAGGAACGGGCACAGAGACCACCGUGGCCACGUCUGGCGGGCACACCUUCCAGAUUACAGGAACCUCAAUGGGUGGAAAGGUUGUGACCACCAAGCUUCCUCUGCCGGCCAACAGCAAGAUCGUCACAGUCAACGUGCCAACUUCACAAGGAGGUGUGGUUCAGCAGAAAGUUUUGGGUAUCAUCCCCUCCAGCACAGCAGGCGGUGCACAGACCUACACCACAUUCCAGCCCCGCACCACCACGCUCAACAUCAGGCCCAAUACCCCCGGCUCCCAGCAACAGGUUCUGGCAGCUGGUGGUCAGAUCCGUCCAGGAAUGACAGUGAUCCGAACACCGAUCCAGCAGACGGGACAAAUGGGAAAGACGAUACUCCGCACACCCCUCGUGGUCCAGCAAGGUCAGGGUGGACAGCAAGUAGUGACGCAGAUCAUCCGUGGCCAGGCGGUUUCCACAGCGAUAUCUGGAGCCAGCCCUGUAGCCACAGUCACUGGUCAGGGAGCAGCCAGCCCCACCGCGGCUGGACAGGCAGCAGGCCAAAUGCCACCCGGCACCCUACGGACGCAGGGGCAGGGCCAGGUUAAACUCACCCUGGCACAGCUCACCCAGCUCGCACAGAAGCAACAGGCUGCGUCAGGUGUGGAUCGGCAGGCUGGUGUCGGUGGUACCCAACAGGCUCUGACCGUGAUGGUUCAGGGUCAGGGCCAGACCACCGGUCAGCUGCAGCUUAUACCUCACGGGGUCACAGUCAUCCCAGGACCCGGUCAGCAGCUCAUGCAGGCGGCGCUGCCCAACGGCCAGGUGCAGCGCUUCCUCUUCACCCCCUUAGCCUCAGCAGCAACACCCACGACCAGCACAGCCACAGCAGUUCCCAGCCAGCCCAACUCCACCGCCACCAAAACCCCAGCACAGCCCGCCCAGCAGGCUGCCGCCCCCGUCCAGGCAGGGGCGACCCCCUUGGCCACCACGGGCACCCCUUCGUCAGCCACCCCACAGGGCCAGUUACCCCCUCAGACACAGGCUCACAUGCCCAUCCAGUCUCCCACCUCGCUGCAGGUGAAGACACAGGGAGGAACCACCCAGCUGCAGCUGCAGCAGACGCCCCAGCUCAUCAGCAUGUCUGGGCUGCAGCAGCAGGUUCAGGUGUUGGCGCAGCUGCAGGCCCAGCAGGGUGGAGGCUCUCUGCCACAGCACAUCAAACUGCAGCUUCCUAUCCAGAUACAACAGACUGGGACCACCUCAGCUCAGGGAGGACAGAUCGGGAACGUAGUGACCAUCCAGGCAGCUUCUGUACAGGAGCAGCUGCAGAGGAUCCAGCAGCUCCGAGAACAGCAACAACAAAAGAAGAGGCAAGCCGCAGAGGCCAAGAGAGAGCAAGCCCUUAACGCAGCCAGUCAGAGCGACAUCAUUCAGAAACAGGUGGUGAUGAAACAAAACGCUGUGAUCGAACACCUGAAGCAGAAGAAAACGAUGACGCCUGCAGAGAGAGAAGAGAAUCAGAGGAUGAUCGUAUGCAACCAGGUGAUGAAGUUCAUCCUGGACCGGAUAGACAAGGAUGAGAGGCAGGCGGCCAAGAGAAGAAAGAAGGAGGAGGUGGUGGAGGCAAAGAGGAGGUUGGCCAAUGCCAGCAAGCUCUCCUCGCUCCUUUACCGGCACAAAGAGAGCCUCAAGAUGGAGAUCCUGAAGAAGCGGGCACUUCUUGACAAGGAGCUGCAGCUAGAGGCCCAGGAGGAGCUAAAGAGGGACCUUUUACGGAUGCGGAGGGAGAAGGAGAAGGAGCGCGCUCAGGCUGCAGCUCAGCAGGCUGCCCAGGCCGCCGCCGCUGCUGCCGCUGCCCACAACCAGCAGCAACACACUCUGGCACACACGCACAGCAUCACGUCUCAACACCACCUCACCACAGGCGUCACCUCCACACACAAGAGGAAACGGGACGAGGAGAGGGAGCCUGCACCGACGGCCAAGUCCAAGAAGAAGAAGAUGAUCUCGACAACGAGCACCAAGGAGAGCAAAAAGGACACCAAGCUCUACUGCAUCUGCAAGACGCCAUACGACGAGACCAAGUUCUACAUUGGCUGCGACUUGUGUACCAACUGGUAUCACGGAGACUGUGUGGGCAUCACAGAGAAGGAGGCCAAGAAGAUGGAUGACUACAUCUGUGUGGAGUGUAAAAGGGGCCAGGAGGGCCCCACAGAGGAGCUGUACUGCAUCUGUCAGACGCCAUACGACGAGUCCCAGUUCUAUAUCGGCUGUGACCGGUGUCAGAACUGGUACCACGGUCGCUGCGUGGGCAUCCUGCAGAGCGAGGCCAACCAUAUCGAUGAGUACGUGUGUCCGCAAUGUCAGUCGACGGAGGACGCCAUGACGGUGUUCACGCCGCUUACUGACAAGGACUACGAGGGCCUGCGGAGAAUCCUUCGUUCAUUACAGGCACAUAAGAUGGCGUGGCCGUUCCUGGAGCCAGUGGACACAAACGACGCCCCGGACUACUACAGGGUUAUCAAGGAACCAAUGGACCUUUCCACUAUGGAGGAGAGGAUACAGAAGCGCAAGUACAUCAAGCUGACAGAGUUCGUAGCGGACAUGACCAAAAUCUUCGACAAUUGCCGCUACUACAAUCCCAGUGACUCGCCCUUCUACCAGUGUGCCGAGGUUCUGGAGACCUUCUUUGUCCAGAAACUCAAAGGGUUCAAAGCCAGCAGGUCUCAUAACAACAAACUACAAUCAGCAGCAUCUUAGCUUCCUCCUAAAAUCCGAGUGUCAAAAAGACAAGCCUCAUGGUUUCCUCUGAAUGAUUAAGCCCUGCGGUCCGAGUCGGGCUUCAUUUGAACCUGAGCCCUCUCUGAAGGAGAGCUCGCUCCCGGCUGAAAAACAGCUCGCACUGCUGUCAAAGCGCCCAACCUCCAACACCUCCACUGCAGUGCUAAGAGGAGAGAGAAGCCCCUUUUAUCCAAAGUGUUACUGGGACGAAACGGCAAAGAAGUCCCACCUUCAGACGGGGGGGGGGGCAGGGCGGCCACGGACUCCCUACCAGUGCAUCCCGUCCCGGAGAAGAAAGAUCCAAACGGGAAACACUGAUGAAGUUUUUUAAGUUGGCUGGUUGAAUGUUCAGUGACAGUCUGACGCAGCAGCAGCAGUGGACUCUUAAAAAAAAAAAAAAACAAGAGUUGUGUUCGUUCUGUAGCUGAUCACUAUUUUUGUGUAUCCUUAUAUAACAAAGUGUCAGCUUUGAUCUUCCCACCCAGAGGUGCAACUUUCAUUUCAUCCUGUCAAACAAACAUCCCACUAAAGCCUCGUCCCUGCCUCGGAGUUAUAUGUCCAUGAGGUGAAUGAAAAAAACAAAAACAAACUGAAGAUAACCCCACUGAAGCCUGUCAAUGACUACGUUUACACACACACUAUUAUUCUAAAUUUGAUACGGGUCAUGUUAGCAACAUAUUCUGUUAGGAUGUUAUGAAGUAAACCUUAUUCCAAAAGGGGCAUUUACCGAUUAACACAUGGGAUGUGUCGAUAUUCAGAUUUUUGUAGCUUUCUUUGGACAUUUUGAAUAUGCGUCUCAAGUGAGGUUGUUCUCGCAGUUUACAAAACGCAGCCUCCUGCCUGUUCAGGUUUAGCUCUGUGUGUUGCAAUAGUAAUACUCAAACCAGCCUGCCAGCAGUUUGCUAGGGUGGGCUAGAGAUGCAUGCAUCCAUUUUAAAUAUGAAAGACUUGGAUAUUUGCCGUCUUUCAAGAAGGUUGUUGAAGAAAUUUGUCUCAAAACCAGAAGAAUCUGCCGAGCUCAUGAUUAAUUUGCUUUUGCAGAUGUUUCUGUUCCUUCUCCCAUUCAGACACAAACUUUGAUCCAAUAUGGGUCCAGUGUAACUUUGUAAUUAUGUGACUGCGUGUCCUAUUUCUCACCUCAAAGGUUUUCAGAAACAUAUUUAAGUGACUGUUUCAGACCAUUCUGCCAUUAUUUCCCUGCUUAAAAACGGACCAAGCAUCAACCCAACCCAAUACAUUUCACUGCUCUGAUUGGUUGUUGGUGUAUCAAGAGGCAGUUGGUUCUGCACCUGUUGAUAACGCCCCUUGGAAAUUGAAAAUCACCUGAGAGAAUCUAGGCUAAUAUGCAUUUGGGGAGGGGGGCAGUUUUUGCACAGUCAAACAACAAGUCAGCCACCGGUGGAACAAUUUGGGAAGAUUAUUUUUGAUGCAAAGAAGAAAAAUCAGCGGCUACAACCACUUUUCCAUAUUUUUCCAUGAAUACUUGGGCAUUGACCCAAGUAUUCAUGGCUGCAUGCAGAUUAGAUUAUUUAUUUUCAUUCGCCAAUUUAUAAUCUUUUUCGGAAUCAGGGCAAAAACAGGAAUAUUUUGUGCAUGUAAACGUAGUCAAAUUUCCCAUCCAUUUUGUGCGGCGGUGUCACCUUUCACACCAAACUCCACUGCACCCAGUUGUUUUUCCUGCACCCACCAGUUGUGUGUAGCUCUGCACGAAGCAUGAAACAUCCACUUUACAUUCAGUAUUUCCCCGUUCCCCGGUUCCCCAUCACAGUAGCCUGAUACUGAGAAGCUUGAUUUGUGAUAGAAGCUAAAUUUCUGAAAAAUGGUUGAGGUGAAUUUUUCUGUCGGAUUAACAACACACAUGGGCGUCGACAUCGCUCGUUCAAGUAAUUCAAGAGGUCUUAUUUUCGUCCGUCGUGUUAAUUUCCAGAGGGAAACACCCAGGACAGAACAUCCCACCCACCACAUCCUGCCCCUCUUCUGACCUUUUUUCCAUUUUGUGCUCUUCUGAAAUGCAAGUGAAGAAUGUUAACUAGCUCUGUGCUCCUUCAAACUUUACCUUUUUUGAAGGACAAGAAGCGAGACUGUUUGGCCUUCAGGGAAGGCGAAACUUGUCCGAUGCUUGACUAAAACACAUGUACUGUACCUCCCUCCAUACACUCGUUGUCUCGUCAAAAGCUCUGUUUCUGUCAAUGGCUGAGUCUGUUAGUCUCUCUCCUCUUAUCUAUCAGCCUCUUCUUCCAACAUAUUUCAUUGAAGUUGACAGGUUGGCUCACAUAUGUCUCUCAACUCGCCCUCAAAGCAUGGUUAAGUAAUUGGAUAAUGGACUUUUCCACUCAGCAUCAACUCAGUUAUGUUGCGGUCUGCGGCAGCAUGUCUGGGAGCAAACUUUGAGUGGGGACUGGGGAGUCUUUGUACCGUGGGGUUUGUAUGAAAAUUUUAUAGCUGCAUUUUUAGCAUAUUUGGGAGCAUUUUUGUAAUGUGUUAUCAGUUUUGUAGGAGGGGAGCAGUCAUGAGACACAGUUGUCUUUAAGUUGUUAAAAAGCUGUUUUAAAUUAGACAAAGUUUUGCUUUCAAUCAGUUUUUGUGUGUAUUUGAAGAGUUGAGAGAUAAUGUAGCUACUGUCUUCUUUACUGUGUGUCUAUCACACAAAUGUCCCUCACUUUGUGAUCUGAUGAUGACGUGUUUCAUCCACUGUUUGCAAUCUCUAUUGUAUAUUAUGGCUGUCCAAAUAUGUAGAGAUGAAAGAUUUUUAGAGCAGUAGAAACUUUUAUUUUUCACUCUGUCAACCAGCAAUUAAGCCCGCCUGUAUAUUUUAACUGUCUAUUUUUUUCUCUUUAAUUGAAGUGAACUCUACAUUUUAGGUGAAAUUGCCCUUUAUAUUAAAAAAUGCUGCAUAUUGUGAGCAUAAAGGUUUUGAACGGGGUAGAGUGACACAGUUAACUGUAAAGAGUUUUUCUUUUUUGUAAGAAACCAACCAGUUCAACAUAACUUCUAUAUUGACAUUGCAUUUCUUGUAUUAUUUAUUCAUAUCGAUGAAAAGUUCUCAGUUUUUUUUAGUAAUGUUGAGGAAACGUAACUGCAGAUAAAAAGUACUCUAUGUUUUUAACUGAUUGUGGCAACUCCGAAGAGAUUCUCUUUUGUACUUGAUAGGACAUUUCAUCCUAGAUAAUAAAGUAAUGUUUUUGACACCA